AAAGAAAGGGUUAAAUAUUUACUUUUGUUUUUAGUAAAUUUUGAGUAGAGUCUAAAAGAGGUGAUUGGAGAGAGAAAGAGAGAGAAAGAAAAGCAUCCCCACACAAAAGGUGGUGGGAAAAAAGUUCUUUUUGUACACACUGCGAUGAUGGCGAUGAUGAUGCCUGCAAUCUCCAACAGCAGCAGCAACACCAAUACCCAGCACCACCACCCAACAAAAAUUCCUUUCUCUUCUCUUCUCUUCUCUUCUCUUCUUCUUUACCCUCUUAGCCUUAACUCUUAACCAUGGGUGAUCUCUCUCUCUUUUCACCUCUCUUUACUUUACUACUCAACUACUUUUAUGGCCACUUCCCAUGAAUCCCUGCAACUCGAUACACCUAUGGCUGCCAAGUGCGGUUGCUGGUCUGUCCUUAGACGCAGCGUUACUGGUGCCUGCAACACUUCUACUUCCAAAGACUCUCCUAACACUAUUCCUCGUACUAGCCUUGUUUACGAUGCAGCCACUGAGACACGUUACCUAAACGCAAGCAACCGAGAGCUAUGCCCACCUAAUGAAGCUCAUCUAUCUUCUGAUAAUCCCACCCCACCACCCUCAGAUGAGAAAUCCAAUUGCCAGUUGCUUCAAUUCUCUUUCCAAGAGCUAAAAUCUGCAACCGGGAACUUUAGGCCGGAUAGCAUACUUGGUGAGGGUGGAUUUGGAUUUGUCUUCAAAGGAUGGAUAGAGGAAAAUGGGACGGCACCGGCGAAACCUGGCUCGGGAGUUACAGUAGCUGUUAAGAGCUUAAAGCCAGAUGGUCUACAAGGUCACAGAGAAUGGGUGGCUGAAGUUGACUUCCUUGGACAGCUUCACCAUCCCAAUCUGGUUAAGCUUAUUGGGUAUUGCAUUGAAGAUGAUCAACGACUGCUUGUUUAUGAAUUCAUGACUCGUGGGAGUCUUGAAAAUCAUCUUUUUAGAAGGAAUAUACCUCUUCCAUGGUGCAAUAGGAUUAAAAUAGCACUUGGAGCAGCAAAAGGAUUGGCCUUCCUCCACAAUGGUCCAGAACCAGUCAUUUACAGAGAUUUUAAGACGUCCAACAUAUUGCUGGAUUCAGAAUACAAUGCAAAGCUUUCAGAUUUCGGUUUAGCUAAAGCUGGGCCACAAGGAGACAAAACACAUGUUUCCACGAGAGUGGUUGGGACAUACGGUUAUGCUGCUCCAGAAUAUGUUAUGACAGGACACUUGACAUCUAAAAGUGAUGUUUAUAGCUUUGGAGUAGUGCUACUUGAGAUUUUAACAGGAAGAAGAUCAAUGGACAAGAAACGUCCUAGUGGGGAACAGAACCUAGUGGCAUGGGCUCGUCCAUACUUGGCUGAAAAGAGAAAGCUUUACCAACUAGUGGAUCCUCGGUUGGAGCUGAAUUACUCCCUUAAAGGGGUACAGAAGGUCUCUCAGUUAGCUUACAACUGCCUCAGUAGGGACCCUAAAUCGCGACCUAGCAUGGAUGAAGUUGUGAAGGUUCUUACUCCAUUGCUUGAUCUCAAUGACCUUGCUAUCUUAUCUUAUCACUCCCGUUUAUCUCAGCAAGGGAGACGCAAGAAGAAAUCUGAUGGAACUCAGCAGAUCACAUACACUCAAUCCAAAAGCAUAAGAGACUCACCAAGGAAUACUGGAAAGCAGCAAAAAAGAUGAAAAAGUCAGUCAAAAAUCCCUUCUCUUGACUGGCUCAAAUACAUCAAAUGAAACAAAUAUUGGAACUUGAGAAUUGGGAAUCGAGAUUAGUCACUUCUUGGUUUAAUGGGUUGUGUGAAGAGAGUAUUUCAAGCUUGUAUAAUUUCUUUUGGGUGUUUUGAGAUUUGGGACAAUGGAAAAGGAAUAUGCUACAGCAUUUUCCUUUUUCUCUUUAGACCCUUACAUUUAGAGAGCUAACCAUCAAUUGGAACAUUGCUCACGAUUUGCCUGUGUUGUAAUUGAGAUAUAUCUCUUGUAAUUAGAUUAAAACCUUUUCAAUUUUCAUUUUUGCUUCUUCCUGAA